AUACAUGUAAAUAUUUGACACAAACGGGACUUUGGCUUAAUUUCUCACCGGUCUGUAAACUAACGGCGCUGACUCGAUGAUUCUGAGCGUGAUUUGUUUGGUCUGGGCAAAAGGCGGCUUGUUUGACAGAUGGGAAGUGGCUCAACUUGAACGAGUUUCACUUAUUUACUUCUAAAUCCAAGACCAAACUAUACCAAAUUCUGAAACGUUUUUGAGUUUUAUCGGAACAAUGGCGUCUGUAAUGGAUGAUCCCACCCUUGAGAGAAAUUUUAAAGGUCACAAAGAUGUUGUAUCCUGUGCUGACUUCAGCUCCAAUAAUAAACAGCUUGCUACUGGAUCCUUUGACAAGAACCUUAUGAUCUGGAACCUCACUCCUAAAGCCAGAGCGUUCAGAUUCGUGGGUCACACGGAUAUCAUUACAGGUGUCCAUUUUUCCCCGAGUGGUUCCUUGGUUGCAUCUUCAUCCAGAGACCAAACAGUUCGACUGUGGACGCCCAGCAUAAAGGGCGAGUCGACUGUGUUCAAAGCCCAUACGGCGAGCGUUCGAAGCGUUCAGUUCUCCAGCGAUGGCCAAAGGCUGGUCACGGCUUCAGAUGACAAGUCUGUGAAAGUGUGGGGUGUGGAACGGAAGAAAUUCCUCUACUCUCUCAACCGGCACACUAACUGGGUGCGCUGCGCGAGGUUUUCACCAGAUGGUCGUCUUGUUGCUUCCUGUGGCGAUGACAGGACGGUUCGCCUCUGGGAUACAUCCUCACGUCAGUGCAUCAACAUUUUCACAGACUACGGAGGGUCAGCGAUAUUUGUGGACUUCAAUUCUAGUGGCACGUGCAUUGCCUCAUCAGGAGCAGACAACACAUUAAAAAUCUGGGAUAUUCGUACGAAUAAGUUAAUACAACAUUACAGAGUUCAUAGUGCAGGGGUUAACUGCUUUUCCUUCCAUCCAUCCGGAAAUUAUCUGAUCAGUGGUUCAAGUGACAGUACAAUGAAGAUCUUGGACCUCCUGGAGGGGAGGCUUAUUUACACCCUUCACGGCCACAAGGGUCCAGUGCUGGCUGUGGCUUUUUCUCGAGACGGAGGUCUGUUUGCAUCAGGAGGUGCUGAUUCUCAGGUUCUUAUGUGGAAGACCAACUUCGAUUCGCUGAAUUACAGAGAUCUGUUGAGCAGGCACAGCAAACGAGUCACCCCAGAUCCCCUUCCACACCUGAUGGACAUUUACCCUCGGUCACCUCACCGACACAGUGCUCAGAAUGGCACAGUAGAGAUUAAUCCCAUUGUUGCUGAUACUCAGUCUGGGGACCCUCGGGUGGUUGAAGUGGGACAUGUUCUUUUCUCCACAGCGGAUAUGAGAAGCCAUGACAGUGCAACAAGCGGCAAGGAUCAGCCUUUUUCGAGUAUAGGUCGAGUACAUACGCGAGACAGAGAAGUGGAGGAUGAAGAUCAAGAAGAAAGGUUUGCUGUUGGCAUAACAGCAUCUAGAGAGGAGCGCUCGGGUAUCCCAUCAAGCCUUACUAGCACUCUGGAGAACAUUGUGCAACAGUUGGACAUCCUGACCCAGACGGUUGCCGUCCUCGAAGAGCGUCUUACUCUGACUGAAGACAAAUUAAGGACAUGCUUGGAAAACCAGGUCCUGCUUCUGCAACAGGCACAGCAAGUGGACGGAUCAGAUGAGGAAGCCGAGGGAUCAUCUGUGUGAGGGAUACCCAACCCCGGUGGUCCUCAUUUCAGUGGUAACUUCCUCUGGCCUGCAGGGGGGGACAUGACAAAUCCCUUUUCUUUUUUCAUUUUUAGCUUAAAGACAUCCAGCUGUGUCAUUCCGAAUGAGAACAUUGGACUUAACAAUGCAAAAAAAAAAAAGGACACAAGAUGAAAAGACACAAAGCAGGAUGAGGGAGGGGCUGAAGGGGAUUUGAGGGAUCAUACAGCAUUCUCACCCAAAAAAAAAGUCAUGGUAAGAGGACAGCUGCAGCUAAGACAACAUCUCGGUCAUGUUUUGACAGCAGCGAGCAAGACAUAUCAGGAAAGAGACUGAUAGAGAAGACAAACAUGCAUGGAUUUUUACAGUGUCCAGAUUGGGUUGUGUCUGCUGCAUCACAUGUAUUAUGUAAAUAUAGACCACUAUGAAUCAAUUACAGUCUCCGGUGUGAUUAAGGCCCAGGCAGCACGAAUGGUUUGUGCAUGUGCAUGUAAGGCCAAGUAAGUGUCCUCAGAGACACUUGCAGCCUUGUUUACUCUUCCUCAAUCAGCCACAGCCUUGUGGCUUUCCUCUGGGUGGGGGUCAGGCGGAAACAGUGAGCCAAUCGACAGAAGGGCCCAGCGGUUCUCAUUUGUUUUUUUGUGUACUGCAUCAUUCUGUUUGUGGCAGCUCUGCUAAACUCUUCUCAUAAAAACCAAAGCAAGGCGGUAAAAACAAAUAAUUUAGACCAGUUUCCCAAAGGAAAAAAAAAAGAUGUGGCUGAUUUUUUUUAGCUAUUCAGAUUGUAUUACAAACCACUCUGGUUGAUUACUUACAUGCUUUUUCAUUUUCACUAUACAUUUCAUAUAUAAAGAAUUUGUCGUGAACAUGAAGAAAAAUUCCAGCAUGUGCAAAUUACUAAACUAACUUCUUUAACCACUUCCUGUGUAGCACAGAGUCUCUUACCGACACCAGGUGUGUUCAUGACCUCUCUGUGCAUAACACAAGACCCUUGUCUCUGGUGGGGCACCAAAAAAGGGCUAGAGCAACCAACUUGUGAAUGGAGAACAAAGAGAAGAUAAGAGAAGCAAAUGCAUGUGUUCCUGUGUAAAAGCAGUUGUGUGAGGCUGUCUGCUUGUGCAUGUGCCUGUGUUUAUGGAUUUGUGCACAUGCAGGUUCUUGCAAGACCCACAUAUGGUAAAGUGGUUGCUUGCUUACGAGGCAAGGGAAGGUAAACAUUAUCUUUAGCUCCCCCACAGACAUCAGAGGACUAGUUCUUCCUCCUGCUAGCCAGGCCUGGUUGGCACUGAAUCAGAGCACUUUGAGGAAAUUCCCUCUGACCUUCUGUUCAAGGAAAAAAAAAAAAAAAAAAAAAAAGAUAAAGAUGGAGUAAUGUAAAUUAGCUCACUUGUAUUGUUUCUGCAAUGCCACCUGCACAAAAGAAACUUGCUCCAUUUUUUUCAUUUAGGGGAACGUCUGUUGAGAGGUUUUCCUUUUCAACAAAUAUAGAAAGUUUAAAGAUAGGUACACACCUGUCGUGGUUCGGAGACCUUACUGAAGUGGAAGUUUCCGAACUGAGAGAAAACCUUGUUCUAGCAAUGAGUGGGUUAGAGAAAACAUUGAAACUCUUGAAAGCUGCUUGGCCAAUCGUAUUCAGGGACUAGAAUUAUCUGCUGUUUCGAAGCAUUUUAGUCUUUAAGGCUGAAUUCUUCUGAAAGGCGGAUUCACUUAUUUUACUUGUUAUAAAUCCCUAAUGCACUUUUCGUGAAAUCUGUGGCUUUAAAACUCUAGUUGCGAUUAGCAUCUGUGUUUUAAAGCACCCUCACACCUGUUUUUUUUUUUUUUUU